AUGCUUUUGGUUUAUUCAAUUAUUUUCUACUCACUACUGUUAAGAGUAGAGAGUGUUUUAGAUUGUAUAGAUUACUGGAACACUCACAUUUCAAAUUUUACUUCUGAUUCCGCCUUCUACUUGCCAUGCCCUACAGACACGCCGAGUAUAGAUGGUGUAGAUGGAGAAGAACUCCUACUAACCAUUGCCUCAAAAGUCGUAUGUGAACAAAGUGACGACGAAUACGAGGUGAUAAACAGUUCACAGGUAAGAAAACAAACAUAACUUAUUAAGCGCAGGUGUCUUUUUUACCAAAACUUUGUUCAGAAGUACUAUCGAGGAUCUGAUACUCAGCAUGCGUUGCUCAAGUAUUGUGCAGAACAGUCCGAAGACGAUGACAGACUUGUGUUAUACGAAAUAAAGUACGAAAUGGGAAACCCGAUCAGUAUAUUAUCAUUGACCAGAAGCUUCCGCCGCGAAAAGUUGCCCAAGUUGCCAGUGUUCAAACAGCUACCUCACAUCAACCUCAAACUGUCUUCUGACUUCUUCUAUCCCUUCUCUUGUUCAUCAGGUUAUUCACUUUCGUAUUCCAAGUUAUUUUUGCUGUUGAUGGUGACAUGUAUAAUUAGAUAAAGCUCUUUAAACAAACCUUGCAACCACCGUAACAACGUUUAUUUCUUCUUACAAAGUUAAAAGUUUUGACAAAUUUAAAAUACAACAACUUUUAAUACAGUACACUUUAGCAGGAAUCAUAAGUUAACAAAUUUAGCGUUUAAAUAAUAAAAAUUUAACAAAAUCUGAAAGGAAUCACAGAGUUAGAAGAGAAGACACCGUACUUUAGCUGGGUUAAUACUUACAUCAAAGGGAACAACAAUUUACAGGAAUGUAGCGGCUUCACGCCCUUUGAAUCUCGGAAUGUUUAAUGUACGAUAAGAAGGAGAAGGCGAUAAACAGUAAACUCGUGCCCACCAGAUCCCCAAUGGCCGUCAAAUAAGGAAUAGCAGCAUUAUCCGGAUUUACUCUCCACGACCACAUUAACGAUACCAUCCAUUGGCAAAUGUACAGUAGGACACCGACCUGAAAAAGUACUGUAAUUUGUAAAAUUUAAAUUUUUUAUCACAAACUUUAACUUAACGUUAGAGCUGAGUUAACAACUUGAAACAACAAAUUUUAAAAUUAUUCGACCAGCUUUGUAAUUCGAACGAGAUUCGAAGCCCAGUCCACCGUCAUAAAGUUGGAAACGGAAAUUACAUAUAAAGGAAACCAAAAACAUACGACACAACUUAAGCGUUUCCCCAAAUCAUCUCAAAACCCUGCGGACAGACAGCCGGCUCUUUGCCCAAAAAAGCCGCAAAUGGGCAUUUUAUAGUAUAGUAAUGAUCGCUAAGCUUGGCAUGAUGUAUCUAUUCUGUUCACCGGUUGCUUCCGUUUUAUGGCCGCCAUUCUUUCUUUUGUCAAGCGGAAGAAGCAUUAAGUGUUGGCCGACUUCUAGAUGAAAAUACUAAAUGUAGCCCGCCUUUCAUGUAGUUUUUGAUGGUGGUUUGUGUACGAGUCCCUUGGUGGGCCCACUUCACUGCCCAGUUGUCAUAAGUGACAUUAUGCAUCAUUACAACGGAAGGCUCUUUAUGGUCACGCACAGUCGCUCCGUGAAUGGGAGUAUAUUCGAGGGAAAAGUUUCCUUAAACAAACCGCCCAGCCUUCAUUAAUAAACCGGCCCUACUUUCCUUUAUCUCGCCCGCAUUUAAAAUGCAAUCAACCGCCCUUUCGGUUGAUAAUCGUUUCCCCAGUCAAUUACGUUAGGGUGCGCCAAGUCCGAGUCGUUGUCAAGUGCCGCCUAUUAAGAAAUUAAAUUUAGUUUCAGCGCUUUUGUGUCCCCAAAACUAUAGCUACAUACAGAGGAGGAGGCAUGGGAGGGCAGCCGACCAAACUGCGCAAGAUUUGUCAGAAAGUCAUCAUGCCCAGAUCGCAGCGACGAUCCUAUUACAGGCGGGGCUACCACAAGAUCGAUCCUGACAUCGAGUACGAAGUAAGUCAUUUAUAAAAUGUAUUUCAAUACGCCAACAGUACUUUGUCGUGCAUUUCAUUGUGUUUUUUGCUAUAUUUAAAGUCAUUUUUCAUAGCUUUUUAUUAUUAUAAUAUGCAUAAUAUACCUUGCCUAAACAACACUGUUUUUUCCUUUUGUGAUCUCUGAGUCUCUCUCUUGCGACAAGAAUAUUAAAAAACUUAACUUGAUUAAAAAUGAAACAAUACCUUCAAGUUUCAUUUAGUUCUCGACAGACAGAACAAAGAAUGUUCCGCCAGAUAGACAGAUAUUAAUUGAAAUGGACACCAACGACUACUCGGAAAGCAACCGAACUGUAAACGAGAUUCAGCAGAUGAAGUUGGCCUUCGAAGAGAAACUUACAGUAAUCCGACACACUCUCGACGAGCUAGAACAAGACCACAACCGCAAACUCGACCACUGUGCUAAUGCGUCGUACCACUUGUGCAGACCUAAACAUGAAAUACCGAGCAUCAGAGGUAACCCGAAGCUAGAAGAGUGUAGGCUUCGGAAUGCUUUAAUCCAAGAGAAACUGAAUCAUUGCAAAGAAUACCUCAAGAACUACGAUGCUCUCAUGAAGCAAGAGAAGAAAGAGUUCGGGGAGAAUCCAGGUAGGACAACAGACAAUUUUAGGUAACAAAUAUCAAAAAAUAUGGAUUCGAAUAGCAACUUUCAAAGAUAUACCCAUAUACUUAAGUUAAUUUCAGACACGUUUGUCAGGAAGCUUUUGUUCAAAACGGCCAAGAAACAGUUGAGGAAAGACCAACUCAGCGACGCCAUCGACACUUUCCAUCAACUCAUCAAAGCGACAAAUGGACAGUUAUGUGCAGAGGAAAUGUGGGUUGUGUUCGAAGUUUGUAACCAGAAGUGUGACCAACUCUUUGAAUUCUACGAAAGAAUGUCGCACGCCGUCAAAACCCCGGAAUGCGAGAACUCCGAGUAUAUUAUGAAAGAUCUGUGGAUGGCGAUGGUGGAGGACUUGAGGCUGGAGUGUUCUGAGAUGUUUGACUUGGUCUUGAAGGUCACCGUGGAAGGUAAUGUUGACAUAAGAGAAGCGACGAAUUUUUAAUUUGAAGAAACAUGUCGUUCGAAUGCCUCCAGGGAACAGACAUUUAUUAAUUCAUUGAAAUUUUAGUCGCCGAACCCUUGAACGAGAGCUGUUUGGUGGAGAAACUCAAAUAUUUGCUUGCGGCAAAAGUGAGCGCUCAAUGGCUGGAAAUGACAUCGAUCGACCAUAUUGAGGUAACGACAAUACAAAGAAGGAUAACAAUAACAUAACUGAAAGAAAAAUUUGAUUCACAAUACUUUCAAUCAAAUGCAAUUUAACUUUUUUGUCAUUUUAAAUAACCAAAAAUGGUUUUAGUACGAUGACAUCAAGGAUAUGUUCUUCGACAGUCUCAACAAAUGUAUCGAUGCCUAUUUGGCCUUAAGAUCUCCCGACCAAGACAGUGCCAAAGCAACAAAGGCAUUAAACCACUGUAUCAAACAGUUUCACACGUAAGUAGAAACAGUAUAUUGUAAUAGACAAUGCCCCCAUUAUGACAAAUUAUUCUGAUGAAGGCCUACAUUAACUAUUCAUAACUUCUUUAGAAGGUACACGACUAUCGCGGGGUCCAAGAAACUAAUGCGAGCCAUGGAUAAAGUAAGCAUUUUCUCAAAACUGGAUUGUUUAAGCUUAUUGUAA